AUGCCCAAGAUGCGACUACCACACUCCUCGAGCCUAUUAAGGCGAGGAAAUCUCGUUAACGUCCACAGUCGCCUGGGCUUCACAAGCACACGUAGCCACAGCACCGCCGUGCUAGGCGGUGGUAUCACCGGCCUCACCGCGGCCUGGCAGCUGAUCCAAGACCCCAAAUGCAAGCAAGUCGUGCUAUACGAGAAAUCAGAAAGACUGGGAGGAUGGGUCGACUCUGAAAUCAUCCCCGUCAAGGGCGGCAAUGUUGUCUUCGAGUAUGGGCCGCGGACGUUGAGGAGCUCCCUGCCAGGCUCUUUAGCUACGCUUUACCUGGCUACGAACCUCGGCUUGUACAAAGACCUCAUCCUUACCCCGAAAAGCAGCCCCGCUGCUCGCAAUCGCUACAUUUACUACCCCGACCAUCUUGUUCGUAUGCCCGCGCCCGAACCGGGUUUGACCGCAUUUGAGUUCAUCAAAAAGACCUUGAAAACCAUGUGGAACGAACCUGUCUUUGAUAAGUUUUUGCCUGGACUUUUACAUGAUAUCUAUACUCAACCGCGUCAUGCGACUGAGUGGGCCAACGAUGAAUCCGUCGCGGACUUUAUUGGACGGCGUUUUCACCCCAAUGUCGCUGAUAACCUGCUCUCCGCUGUAUAUCACGGUAUCUAUGCCGGUGACAUCGAUCAAUUAAGUGCCCAGAUGCUUAUGGGUACGAUCCGCGAUCUUGAAGGUGGCACCGGGGGCGUUGGUUCGUUUGUGCCUGGAGGCGUUGUCUCCUCUAUGAUCAGCCGAGCUUUUGCUCGCAAAAUGUCACAUGCGAUAGAUGAUUACUUGGCCGUGGACGCUAUUUCGAGCUCGCUAGAGGCAUCGAAAAAUCAGCACGACCUAGAGAAAAUAGUGGCCAAAGCUAGCACUUUCACCUUUAAAAAAGGAGUUGGCCAGCUGAUCGAUGCUCUGGUUAUUUCUUUGAAGAAUUCCGGCAAGGUUCAAAUCGUCACAAACUCAAACCUUGAGCGUGUUGCUUGGGAUGCUAAAGAUGGAAUCCUUAUCGACCAUUCAGCGCUCAGGGGGAAAGGCCUCGAAACAAAGAAAUUCAACCAUGCCAUAUCUACAAUUCCCCCAGCUUCACUGGCCAAAAUACUCCUCCCAGCCAAGGGAACUAACCAGGAAUACGAAGGUGUCACCCGUAGCCUCCUCCAAAAGCAAAAUUACGCAGUGACAGUCAUGGUCAUAAACCUCUACUACCCAAACCCAAACCUUAUCCCAGUGGAAGACGGGUUCGGGUACCUAAUCCCCCGUUCAAUCCCCUAUGAUCAAAACCCAGAAUGCGGACUCGGUGUGAUCUUCGCCUCAGCCUCAAGCAAAGGCAAAAGCACGCAUCCAAUCGGCCCAGCCACCAGUCAAGACACAGUCUCGGGAACUAAACUCACCGUCAUGAUAGGCGGCCACUACUGGGACGGGAUAGACAAAUAUCCAGACCACGACACAGCCGUCAAAAUGGCCCGCAACAUGCUCAAGAGACACCUCGGCAUCACCGAUGAGCCUACCGUUGCACGCACCCGUCUGCAGAAGGACGCUAUCCCCCAAUACACUGUCGGCCAUCUGCAACGGAUGUAUGCUCUUUCAAAUGCGGCUAAGAUCGAGUACAGCAACACGCUCAGCCUCGCUGGCAACUGGUAUAAUGGCGUUGGGGUGUCGGAUUGUGUCAAGCAGGGUAUUCUGUCGGCGACGUAUGGCACUGGUAGGGUUACGCCUGAUACCAGGGAUGGUCCUUGGCGGCCUUGGAAUGGUGUUGUUGAUCCUCAGUGGCAGUAUCAGGGUGGUAUUGCUAUGUCGCCGGUUAGGUUUACUGACUCGCGAUUGUAG